GACAGCUUCAAGGGCCACGCGCCUCGCCUUCAUUGCAGCACGACUCCCAUUUCCACCCUCCCGUCUCCUCCCAUCCUCCAUCUCAUCUGUGCCAUUGUCGUCGCCGGUGACAGUCCAUCGCCGCAGAAGAUACAUCCCGCGAUACAGCGACCAUGGCGGCGGCACCUCCUUUGGAAAAGCCUGCGCUGCCCGCAGAGGUCGAGGUCACUCCCAUUACCCAUCUCGAGCCCAUGCGCACCAAUUCCUUCCUCGACAGCAUCCUCGACACAUACCGAUCCUUCCAAGACCGAAGGGCGGCGCUGGGACUGAGCAAUCCGGGCACCGUUGAUGGCAUUGCGCGAGAGGUGCAACGGGAUGUCUUCCUCACCAACCAGACCUUUUCCGGCCUGCGCGCCGAAUUGAACAAGAGCUUUUCCAUCUACCCUCUGUUUCAAAUAAGCCAUGCCUUCUCAAGCGGCUCUCAGAUGCUGUCGCCUUACACCUUUUUGGCUCUCUACGGCACAAACAACACACUCUGCCAAGCGCAGCUCGACUCGGAUGCCUCAUUCUCCGCGCGAUUGAACCAACGCCUGACGAACCGCCUUAUCUUCAAAUCUUCCGUACAGAUUCAGCCCGCAUCGGGAAUGAGCCCAGGUGGUGCGCAAGUGUCACUAGAGCAGGAUUACACUGGCAACGAUUUCACUGCAUCAUUGAAGAGCAUCAACCCCAGCAUUCUUGAGGGCGAGCUGACCGGCAUGUUCAUUGGUUCAUAUUUGCAGAGCGUCACUCCACGAUUGUCCCUGGGAAUGGAGACAGUGUGGUCAAAACCAGGAGGUGGAAUGGGACCAGACGCAGCAGUCAGCUAUGCGGGACGAUACAAGGCAGACGACUGGAUUGCGAGCGCGCAGCUUUUGACACAAGGCGGAGUGCAAUUGAGCUACUGGAAGAAGCUCAUGGAUAAAGUCGAGACCGGUGUCGACGUGAACUUGCAAUUCGCAGGUCUCUCCGGCGGUGGCAUGAUGGGCGGAGCACGAAAAGAGGGCGUUGCGACUUUCGGAACCAAGUAUGAGUUCUCGCGAUCCAUUUUCCGCGCACAGAUCGACAGCCAGGGCAAGCUGGGAUGUCUGUUGGAAAAGGUUGUUGCACCGCCCGUCAGGAUCACGUUCGCUGGUGAGCUGGACCACGUCAAGAACUCUGCAAAGCUCGGCCUCGCAGUUUCGAUCGAAGCAUCAGGCGAAGAACUCAUGGAGCAACAGGACUCGGUUUCUCCCGCAUCUCCACCAUUCUAAGCGCAGACGGCAAGCUCGAUCACUUGACUUUGGGUGGUCACUCUUCUCCUUGUACAAUACUCGACACAAAAGAAAUUUGUUGUUAGGAUGUCCCGAACUGCAUGUGGAUGGCAUGAACGACAAGAGCAGCCACGUGCGGCGAUAGCUACAUAUCGAUCUAGAGGGAUAUGGGAGUCCGGAUCAUGAUGCAUAGCGAGCGUGUCACGGGCGCAGCAACGACAACAGAGGCGAGGCGGAACUCGGCUGUCGUUUUGUAGUAAUUUGCGGGCUGCUCAGAUAGCAUUAGCAGCCCUUCUGUGUACAUUUACUACCAUUACAUUGCCGUUUCUCCUU